UUGGCCUCUGCUGGCCAGAGAGCUUACUUCUUUUCUCACCGUCCACCAUGAGUUUCACUCGUCCCGCCCGAUGCAUGCUAUGCAACUUCACGCGAGCAGCCUCGGCGGCUCCUCGCGUCCCUCGUCGCCAAUUCCACCCUUCUCCCUUCCGCCUUAACGACCAGAAGCCGAAAGACCCUGCCGUCCCCGUUACUGCCGAGCCCCCGAAGACGAAAAAGGAGGAGGUCGUCAAGCAGAGGCUGGAGGAGAUCACGCGGAAUAUGAAGCCGGAGAGCCUGCGGCCAUACACGGAGGAGGAGCUGGCCCAGCUGCGGAAGGUGUACAGCGCGGCGCAAAUGGCGGCGAUUGAGGCCGGCGAGGCGACGAUCGACCCCAAGGACUUCGCGGAGCAGUUCGCCGUUCGCACGGAUCCGAUGCGGCUGAAGUACCUGGACGACUUCUCGCACGUCGAGCCGGGAGUCGACAAGCACGUGCGGGCCCCGGAGACCAACGCGGACCCCAACCAGAAGUUGAAGAGCACGGAGGACAUCAUGCAGGACUUCGCCAAGUACAUCCACGAGAUGCCGCGCGACAUGGACGCGGCCCACUUCGUCCGGUGGGCGGAGACCAACCGGCUGACCAAGGGCAAGGAGGAGGCCGAGCGUAACCCGCACACCUCGCUGGCGCCGGACUUCUUCCAGGCGGGCGACAAGCUGCGCGUGCCGGAGGACGAGGGCAAGGAGGGGUAUGUCCGGGAUGAAAGCCUCCAUCGACCCGCCAUUUCGUUGGAGGGCGUUUCGCCGCCGUUGGCGCAACUGAUCCAGUCCACGGGCCUUCGUGAAGAGUACAUCAAGGGCCUGUACACCAAGGCGCUGGUGUUCCACUCGGUCACCAACCAGACGCGUCUGGGUAAAGUGCAGCGGUUCUACUGCCUGGCGGUCGCCGGCAACCGCGACGGCCUGCUGGGAUUAGGCGAAGCCAAGUCCUUCGAAGCCGCCGACUCUAUCGAGCAAGCGAAGUACCGUGCGAUCCGGAACAUGCGGCCCAUUCUGCGAUACGAGCAGCGCACCAUCUACGGCGAUGUGACGGCCAAGGUUGGUGCUAUGGAUCUGAAGUUGAUGACUCGUCCUCCGGGCUUUGGACUUCGCUGCCAGUCCCUCAUCUACGAGAUGUGUCUUGCCGCCGGUAUCUCCGAUCUCGCUGCUCGGGUCAACCGGUCCAGAAACAAGAUGAACACCGUGAAGGCCGCCUACGAGGCGCUCUUGGCGCAGCGUAACCCGGAGGAUGUUGCCCGUGCUCGUGGUAAGAAGAUGGUCGAUGUGCGCAAGGUGUACUACUCUGGACGGGUGUUUUGAUUUGUUUCUCGCUUUUGCCGGUUUCUGGUUGCGCCAUGGCGGUGGUGUAAAUAAUGGUUUUCCCUUAUGGUGUACUUUGUAUCUCUCUCUCUCUUCAGUCAACCUGUAUUUGUAUCCAGCCUAUGUUCGGUUAUGAUAGAACUGAAAUAACC